UGCUGCAGCCUGGGGUGGGCUGAAGGUGGGGUCCUACCCGCUACCACAACCAUCCUUAACCUCGAAUACCCGCUCCUUUGCGAUUAAGCUCAUCCUGAGAUAGUUGCACGUAUAUACUCUUGCUGCAGUAGCCGUCCCGGGUCCUCUUUUGCUGUGUCUGGGCUCUGUGCGGGCACACGUUGCUUUGGGUCUCAUCUAGCGUCUCGGUCCAGGCCUCGAUGCGCUAUAUAUGGGCUCGACCUAGUCCUGCAGCUCUUUCGUUCCUACGGACUUCAGUGGGCUUCCCAGGUCGUGUUUCUCACGCCAGCUCCGCACCUGCCGUGUUUCGAACUAAGAGGGCAUUUCAAAACCAAGCCGGUCCCCCAUCUGUCGAAGAUAUGGAGACGGUUGAUACUACGUCUCGGCUGGCCGCCCUGCGGUCCCUGAUGAAGGACAGGGGAGUUGACGUCUAUGUCGUUCCAUCUGAAGACAGCCAUGCCUCCGAGUACAUAGCAUCAUGCGACGCCCGCCGUGCUUUCAUCUCAGGCUUCACGGGGUCGGCUGGCACCGCCGUGGUCACGCACGACAAGGCGGCCCUCGCCACGGACGGGCGGUACUUCAACCAGGCCGCCAAGCAGCUCGACAGCAACUGGCACCUUCUCAAAACGGGCAUGCAAGAUGUCCCCACCUGGCAGGACUGGGCGGCCGAGGAAGCUUCAGGCGGCAAGACCGUCGGGGUCGACCCGGCCUUGAUUUCGAGCUCGGUGGCCGAGAAGCUGGACGAGACGGUCAGGCAGAACGGCGGUGCCGGGCUAAAAGCCGUCAGCGAAAACCUGGUCGAUCUGGUCUGGGGCGACGCAAGACCUGCCCGGUCCAACAACCCCGUUGUACUCCUGCCCAUCAAGUACGCGGGGAAGGAUACGGCAACGAAGCUUAGCGAGCUACGCAAGGAGCUGGAGAAGAAGAAGGCGGCUGGGUUUGUCCUGUCAAUGCUGGACGAGAUUGCGUGGCUCUUCAACCUCCGUGGCAGCGACAUCAACUACAACCCCGUGUUCUUUUCAUAUGCGAUUGUGACCCAGGACUCUGCGACGCUGUAUGUGGAUUCUUCCAAACUCUCGGAAGAGUGUCGGAGUUACCUGGACGAAAACAAGGUAGACGUCAAGCCCUACGACCAGCUCUUUGCGGAUACAAAGGCACUCGCUAGCAAUGUCGAGGCCAGGGCGACAUCUGAGCAGCCCAAGAAGUACUUCAUCUCUAAUAAAGCAUCCUGGGCGCUGAAGUUGGCCCUUGGAGGCGACAAGUUUGUGGAGGAGGUCAGAAGUCCGAUUGGGGACGCCAAGGCGAUCAAGAACGACGUAGAAUUGGACGGCAUGAGGAACUGCCACAUCAGGGACGGCGCCGCACUAAUUGAGUUCUUUGCCUGGCUCGAAGACCAGCUUGUCAAUAAGAAGGCAAUUCUGGAUGAAGUGGCUGCUGCCGAUAAGCUGGAGGAGCUGCGGUCGAAACAGAAGGAUUUCGUUGGCCUAUCCUUUGACACCAUUUCGUCCACUGGUCCAAAUGCCGCUGUUAUUCACUAUAAGCCUGAACGAGGAGCUUGCGCCGUGAUCGACCCUAACAAGAUUUAUCUAUGCGAUUCUGGCGCUCAGUAUCUCGACGGCACAACGGAUACCACCAGAACCCUGCAUUUUGGCACCCCAACGCGGGAGGAAAAGAGAGCAUACACGCUAGUCCUCAAGGGCAACAUCGCGCUAGACACGGCCGUCUUUCCCAAGGGCACGACAGGCUUUGCAAUAGACUGCCUGGCCCGCCAAUUCCUUUGGAAAACAGGCCUUGACUACCGACACGGCACGGGCCACGGCGUGGGAUCGUAUCUGAACGUGCACGAAGGACCCAUCGGCAUCGGCACUCGGAAGCAGUACGCCGACGUCGCCCUCGCGGCGGGCAACGUGCUGUCCAUCGAACCGGGCUACUACGAGGACGGGGCGUACGGGAUCCGCAUCGAGAACCUGGCGCUCGUGCGCGAGGUCAAGACGGAGCACACCUUUGGCGACAAGCCCUUCCUCGGCUUCGAGCACGUCACCAUGGUCCCGUACUGCCGCAACCUGAUCGACGAGACGCUCCUGACCGCCGAGGAAAAGGAGUGGCUGAACAAGUCCAACCAAGAGAUUCUCGCCAAGAUGGAAGGCUACUUCAAGGACGAUGCGCUGACGCGCGAGUGGUUGGCACGAGAAACGAGGCCGUUUUGAAAUAAAGAUGCGUUGGGAUCAUCCACGUGCAUGUGAUUUGAUGCUCGAAGGUCUAUGAUGUGUGGUUGCUUAGAAGGACAUAAAGGCCGAAAGGGUGAAGGCGACGGCAAAUGAGAGCCUGAAAGCGGUAUGCCGGUUGAGCGCUGCCAGGAUACGAGACGAUUGGAGGCGCUGCUUGAGCUUGAAAUGCGAGAUCAGGUCUAUCCCGUUUCUCUGGGCCACCUGUUUUAAGGGGGCAAAGGGGGGAGAGAUGUCAGCAUUUGCAUCAAGUCAUUUUGGGAUGGGUCUAAUUGGGGGAAGUAAUUUCAUAGAGUGCUCGGUGGUAAAGCGGUAGCUUGUGGCGGGCUACAGAGUGCAUUGAGAACCCAAAAUCGAGAAGAUUGGAUAGUAAACCGUAUUGAGGCGGACUUACCUGGACGAGUACCAUUGCGAUGCCUGCCAGCAGGACGAGCGUUUUGGAGAAUACGCUUACUAGAACACCAGCCACGAA